AUGAACUCUAACAAUGAUAUCGAUGAUUUGGAUUAUCUGGUUGAGUUUCCUAUUCGUGAUACUUCGGAAGAUUACGUUGGUAUAGAGAAUUAUAGCAAUUGUAAUUAUGACCCACCACUCUACCACUUUAUGGAGAUUCGUUCAGAAAAUUCCGACUUUAAUAACAAUAUUGCAGAUAUUUCACGAGAGAAGGGAAAUAAAAGUAAAGAUAAAGUAUCUGAUAAGGACAAGUUUGCAAGGUUUGGUCUAUGUGAUAAGGUUUUAGAAAAUAUUAAAGUGCCCGACCUAAAUAAACUAUUGCGUGAAGAGCUGAAAAUGCCACCUGAUGAAAUUUUACAAAUCAAAGGAAGACGACGGCUACUUAAAAAUUGUAAAUCAGCUAAAAAGAGUCGUAAGAACAAGACGGAUAAAGUUAAAUGCCUAGAGGAUAAAUUGGAAGAUGUGCUACAAAAAUAUCAUCAACAACUGCAGGAGGUUAUUAAUCUUCGAAAAGCAAUUCGUGAAAUAAACGAUGUAAAUCGCACCUUAAUAUGUUGGAUUGCAUUACUAUAUGUGCGAACUAAUUUACGAUAG